AUGGACCCUAUAUCCCUUGCCGGCUUGGCGCUUGGGGUUGCUUCCAUCAGCCUGCAAGUCUACACGGGGUGUAUCCAAGGGAUACAGCUUCUUGUCACGGCGCUGGGUUACGAGGAUGACUGCAAAUAUCUCAACCUGCGCCUCAGAAUGGAGCAGCAACGUCUGUUCUGUUGGAGUGAAGCUUCGGGGCUGCUUGAUCUCGAUGCAAAGAAUCAGGAAAAGGUUCUCAACUCGAACGUGUUCAAUCUCCAUCGCCAGACCGUGAUAGACCUGCUCGUUCAGAUACAGUGCUUGUUCAAUGAGUUUACCGAGUAUCAGCAGAAGCACAACAAUCUCUCCACUGUCGUGGAUAAGGAUGGUGUUUUAGAUGCUCCAGAGAAAGACGCCAGGUCAUCUAACUAUCCCAUCACUGAGAAGAAGCGUGAUUUUAUCAAAAAGGCCAUGGCUGGGCUAAAGGCCAAGUCUUCUGAUGGUCUUACUAGAUUACGGUGGACUUCAUUUGAUAAGCAAGGUUUUGAAAGGUUGCUGGCCAAGUUCUCGGUUCUCAAUGACAACAUGACCAAUAUCCUCGAUCACUCCCUGCAAGUCGAAAUUCGAAAUACUGUGCAGGACACCAAUCGUGGUGUCCUAUUGCUCCAUCACAAGAUAGCUGAUCUGAGUCAUCUCGUGUUGGCUCUCAAGUCUCAACUCGAUGCAGGCUCCCCAGGCGGGCCGUCGCAGAUGUCCAAGCUGGAGAGGGAGGCCAAUGCUGACGCCUUGAUGCAGUUGUCAAGACUCGCAAAAUUCAAGGCCUUCAACGAGACAAUCGACCCAAAGUCAGACAGUCCGACGGUUGCCGAUGAAGCUGCUGCAAAGUUUCUCGAUCUUGCCAAGCCUGGCCAUCAGCGCAAUCUAUUCAUUCCGCGAUAUCUCAUCGAGCUAGACCCAGAGGUAGAUGAAUCAGAUGCUCCACGAUGCGAGGCCUUCAUGAAGACAUCUGAGGGUAAGAAGAAAGUCUGGAUUGAGUGGAAGGACUACGACAACACAGAUACUCAGUCAGGUUCGCUCUCCAAAGGUGAUAUCAUCGAGCGAGUUCGCAAGCUGGCUGCUCUGUUAAACCACAGUCCCAAGCCUGGAGCUUUCCGCACUCCUCAUUGCCUUGGCUUCUUCGACAAGGCAGACCCAAAUGUUCCCGAGGAUGAUGUUGAUAUUCUCGACCGACGACUCGGCCUCAUCUUCGAGCGUCCGUCUGACGACAACCUACACCUAUCACUUCCGCCUGUGUCUCUCCGCGAACUUCUCCAAGACCCUAACGUUCGCAAACCACGAGUCACAGAGCGGGUUUACCUAGCACAUGCGAUAAGUAACUGCCUAAUUUACCUUCACGCGGUUCAUUGGCUGCAUAAAGGUCUUCGCAGCCAUAAUGUGCUAUUCUUCCGAACUCGCGAGGGUCAUGUGGAUUACCGACAGCCAUACCUUUCAGGCUUUGAUUUCUCAAGGCCUGGCGGCUCAGAUGAAAUGACCGAUGCGCCAGGAGAUGAUGCAGAGCAUGAUCUAUACCGACACCCAAACGCCCAGUCAAAUCGUCGGCGAGACAGAGAGCGUUCGAAGAAGAGCUUCGAUAUUUACAGUAUGGGUGUAAUUCUAGUUGAACUGGCACAUUGGCAGCCUGUUGAAGACAUUUUGCGCAUCGAUAUACGACGUGCACGCGGUCGACCUGAUAUUGUGCGCGGUGUCCGAGAGGCUCUGCUGAAGGAGAACAGAGUCGCGGCUGUGGGUGCCGAUAUGGGAGAGAGGUUUGAAGUUGCUACACGGAAAUGCCUGGCUGGUGGAAAGGAAUUUGGGCUUAAGGAAGGUGAUGACGAGACGCAGGAUGAAGUUGCUGAGAAGUUGUCUAUGAAGUUUUAUGAGGACGUGGUGAAACGCCUGGAGGAUAUAGUUGUGUAG